AUGAGAUACGAAGUGGCGGUCCUUCUCGCUGAGUUGACGGGUUUGCUCAGCUUUAGCUUUCUCGCUUUGGCAAUUGGGACGGACUAUUGGUACAUCGUCGAUGUGAAUAAACCCAACUACACCGGUUCCAGCGACCUGAGUUCCCAUUCUGGAUUGUGGUGGAUAAAUGAAGGAGAAAAUAGCACUUCUAUCAUCUUCCCUUUUGCAGCGAAUACCACCAGCCUGUCAGAGGCAGAAAGACAUCUUCUGGGCUUGCACAAGGUGGUAAUCAUCCUGCUGCCUAUCAGCCUGGUCUUGCUGGUGUGUGGCUGGAUCUUUGGGUUUGUCAUCUCUCUGGCCCGCAGUCCCAACUUGCUGGCUGGUUUAGCAUCAUACUUUCUCUUCUGCAGUCUGUUUACCUUGUCUGGGGUGAGCAUCUACAUCAGCUACUCCCAUCAUGCCAUGGAGGAGUUUGAGCGUCUGGUGUCCCCAGAGGACCUGGUCUACGUGGACGUGUCCUUUGGCUGGUCCUUGGCCGUGGUCUGGCUGUCCUUCGGCCUGGAGGUGACCACAGGCUUGCUGCUAAUGCUGUCCGCCAGAAUCAUCUAUCUGAAGGGACACCGAGACUCUGGGGUAACCAUCGCCAUGGUUUAG